AUGAAGCAAUUUCAGAACCUUAAUCAAUCGCAGAGGACAGCACUCGCUGGGGCUUUCCUGCUCAGUUUCCCGAUUUUCUUCCCUUCUCUCUUCCAUCCUCUUGGUCGCUCCUUCCCUUCUCUCUUCUCCGAAUGGAAUUCCCCAAGGCCUAGACAUUUGCGCCUACUCGAAGGCGCUCUUGAUCGACAAAUCUCGAUCAGACAACAAGUGGAGUUAUGGUCUCCGUUACCAGAUCAAGGUUGGAAGCCUUGCACUGAAUCUUACAGAGGGCCCCCUUUGCCAGAGAAGUUUCAAGGCUUUCUUCAAGUGUUCCUUGACGGCGGACUAAAUCAACAAAGAAUGGGAAUAUGUGAUGCGGUUGCUGUUGCCAAGAUACUAAACGUUACGCUCGUGAUCCCACGCCUUGAAGUAAAUCCUGUUUGGCAAGAUUCAAGUUCAUUCACCGAUAUAUUUGAUGUGGACCACUUUAUAAAUGUCCUCAAAGACGAGUUGCGGAUUGUUACAGAGCUGCCAACAGAGUAUGCUUGGAGCACGCGUGAUUAUUACGCCACAGGUAUUCGAGCUACUAGGAUCAAGACUGCGCCUACUCACGCCUCAGCUGAGUGGUAUGUGGAAAACGUCUUGCCUGUUAUUCAGAGUUACGGCAUAGCUGCUGUUGCUCCAUUCUCUCACCGUUUAGCGUUUGACAAUUUGCCUGAAAGUAUACAGCGGUUACGCUGUAAAGUAAACUUUGAAGCGUUAAGCUUUGUUCCUCGCAUUCGUGAGCUAGGGGAUGCUCUUGUGCAUCGGCUCAGAUAUCCUCCUUCUACUACUACCUCCAAGACAUCAGGAGCUAUGGAUCCUACAGAGAGAAUCAACACCAUCGUGAAAGCAGGAGCUGGAAAGUUCGUCGUGCUUCAUCUUCGUUUCGAUAAAGAUAUGGCUGCUCAUUCAGGAUGUGAUUUUGGAGGUGGCAAAGCAGAGAGACAGGCGCUGGCGAAGUACCGUCAGGUGAUUUGGCAAGGAAGGGUGUUGAAUUCACAGUUCACGGACGAGGAGCUGAGAGACAAAGGUCGUUGCCCGUUGACACCGGAAGAGAUUGGUUUGCUGCUCUCAGCAUUAGGUUUCAGUAACAACACACGUCUCUACCUAGCUUCACACCAGGUUUACGGAGGAGAAGCGAGAAUCUCGACGCUGCGCAAACUCUUCCCCGUGAUGGAAAACAAGAAAAGCCUAGCCUCUCCGGAGGAGCUUGCUGAUGUAGAAGGGAAAGCUUCUCUAAUGGCUGCUGUAGAUUACUACGUGAGCAUGAAGAGUGAUAUCUUCAUCUCUGCAUCUCCAGGGAAUAUGCACAACGCAUUGCUGGCUCAUAGAGCGUACUUGAAUCUCAAGACGAUAAACCCAAACAUGGUGCUGUUGGGGCAGGUUUUUGUGAACAGAAGCUUGGAUUGGUCUGAGUUUGAAGGUGCAGUUUCGAAAGGGCACAAGAACAGGCAAGGCCAGCUUCGUUUGAGGAAGGAGAAACAGUCUAUUUACACUUAUCCUGCUCCUGACUGCAUGUGUAAUGUAGCUUAA